GGCAGCCCGGACGGCUGGAGAUGCCCUUGGCGGCGCAGGGCCGUGACAGGGCCGGGGCCGCCAUCACUUUGCCCGGGCCCCGCCGCCGCCUCAGGGCGCCCCCGCGCACGCGCAGAGACCCCUCCACACACACGGGAGGGAGGGGGCGGGGUCCGAAUGCGCGCGCGGCGGCGACUCCCUCCCGCCGUUUGCGAGCGAGGCUCCGGACGUCGCCGGAGAAAGGCGGCGGCGGCGGCGGCGCGGGCGCCCACCGACCGACCGACCGUGCAUCGGCGGCCGCGGCAGUGAAACCGUGUGUUUUGGAUGAUGGUAGUGCCUGGAAAUGCCCCAGUCAUACAGCAGGAUCAUGCUCUGGAGCCUGACUUAGGACGAGACUCAACAGAGAACUCUGCCAUGGGCCCUGACACGGAGCCGGCGUCCGAGGAGGUUGGCCCAGAGCUAGAGGAGGUCCGAAAGCUGCGGGAGCUCGUGAGGAGACUGGAGAUCGAGAAUCAGCACCCAAGAACAAAGAGCAGCAGGAGCAUGCUUGGGACAAACAUGCAGAGCGAGAUCCAUACUGGUGUGGAUAACCAUGACUCUGGUCUUAAUGGGAUGGAAAUUAAUAAUAGCAUCAAUGCGAUUACGGAGAAGCGAGAAUUGCAAAUAAUGGCAGAUCUGCACAACCAAUUAAGCAAAAUAAGAAAAGAGGAAGGAGAGAACAACUGCUUAAAAAAAGACAUAGAUGCCCGAAUGCAAUAUAGUUGCAAUAGUGCCACUGAGGAAUUGUCUUCCAGUGUGCGUAAGGCGGAGAUGAAGACCGAUGAUAACGUUACAUCUUCACGUACGGAUACAAGUAAUAGCGCAGAGCUUAUGGGAAACGUGGUUGUUGCAGGUAUUCAUUCCUCAGUUAAAAUAAAUGAACAAAAUCCCAAUGAAAAAUGUGGAGAUCUAGAAAGUCUUUCGAAUAACACAGAUCUGGAUGAAGUGAAAGUGUUAGAACUUGAAAAUUGCAAUGAAGAAGAAGAUAGCUGGCUCUACGUGUCCCCGAGAAAAUCUGCUACAGAUCAGAGAACGGACUCACCUUUAAAAUGGUGCCGACAGGUGUUGGAUAAUCCCAGCCCUGAGACAGAAGCAGCCUGCCGAACUCUUAUCAACAGACUUGAUCAAGCCAGUAGAUGGAAAAACCUGUAUUGCAGUCCAUUGGCAUCACCAAGCGCACAUAAUUUGAAUACAGAGACAGGCUCCUGUAGCAAUGCACUAAACUCUCCCGGGCAUCUCAAAUCGACUAACAAAGCACUACUAACCUGUGGCAGCUCAGGUUACUUGAGCAUGCAUUCUGCGCUGAGCUCUCAGUCGUCUGUGGACAGUGAGCUGAGUACGUCUGAUGACUCCAUCUCUAUGGGAUAUAAACUGCAGGACUUGACUGACGUCCAGGUUAUGGCACGCCUUCAGGAAGAAAGCCUCCGUCAGGAUUGUGCCUCCAGCUCUGCUUCUGUAUCACGUCGCAGUUCCAGUGCCUCCCUUCACUCUCUGCGAAGAGGGACCUACAGCGACCAGGAGUUCGACACGUACAGCCUUGAGGAUGAGGAUGAUUAUGAUUGUUCCCUGUCAUACCGUAGUGCUCACAGAUAUUCACCAUCUCCGCUCAGUUCCCCCCGAUGUCAGUCCCCUUCCUCCAGCACAGAUUACAGCAGGGCAUCUACUUCCCGUAUCCGUCCCCCGAGGAGAUCUGUGCAAAGUCCAAUGCAAGACCGGCUCAAGUAUGCAAACAGCGAAGAGGAGAUGCGUCACAGCAUGCCCAACCUGGCCAGGACGAACCUUCGAGCUUUGGAGUCUGUACGGAGCAGUCGGAGCUUGGAGUCAGAUCUACAGGUGCCCAGCAGUCGAAUUCCAAGAACUCAGCAGCGGUCAGCAGGUCUGGCUCCCAGUAAGCUCAGGUAUUCCUCCAGUGCCGGGCAGUCUCCCUUAACCGUGCGACAACCAAUGAAAGCAGGGUCAUGCACAAACUCUCUGUUAACGCCCAGGCAGCCAGUAAAAACCUGCAGUUACACCAGCCCUGUUAGCGCAGUUCGAAAACCACAGGCAUCUUUGCUUAGUACAGGCUCUUCCAGUAGCAGUUGCACUACCAGAAGCAGUAAUGUGGUCACUGUGGCAAAAAAUUCACCCAUUAAAGCACGCACAUCUCUUGGAGGAACCUCAGUGCCCAAGAACAAGCCAACACCACCAUCCAAGAGAUUCCUUCCAUCAGCACAGCCUGCUCAGGCCAGCGAGGAUGAUUCCUGGAAGGAAGGGUGUUACUGACCCUCCCUCAGCACCAAUGUACUGCCUCCCACCUCUGUGAAGCAGAACCCCAGCUGGCUGGGCAUAAAAAGGGUAUUUAGAAAAUGAAACUCAAGAGACCCAUCACACUGCAGACUGAUGUAUAUAGUUCUUCUCUUGAAUGCAAACUAUCCUCACCUUCUGCUGUUCUGCCAAGAGCCUGACUUAGUGGUGGAACAGACAGCUGCUUUACUGCAUCUCCACUGUUCAAAAUGUUACUGAAAUGAGUCUUCACAUGAAGACUGAAAGUAGCCUUAUUUCAUAUAAACCUCUUCUUGCAGCCCCUUGGAAGGCUUGUCACAAAAAACUUAUGUGACCUGUUCCUGAGGCCACUUGCUUGAGAAGGCUGCUGGUUGUCCUGUUCCUGCCAGAAAGCAGCAGCUGGGCAAGACUAGAAAUAGUUAUAUAGGUGUUAGAAGUAAGACUUUUUAAACUCAACCUGAUGUACUCUUAAUAUUUGUCUGAAACUGAACUGUUCAUUUUUUUUAACUUCUGUAUAGAAUGUAUUUCUGCAACUUUUUAUUGUUUGUUCUAGAAGAUGAAGCAGGUUUUUAUAACCAUAGUACACUUCAAGCUGUUGUAUUCAAGUGUGUGCAUCACAGUUCACAAGUGAAGGAGCAGUACACAAUAUUUGUGUGGGUUUGUGAACAGGCAGGUGCAGGGCCAGGGGACACUAUUUGAACACUGCUGUUUAUCAGCAUCUCCAUAUCUCUCAGCUGAGGAAGUUAACAACCACCAGUUAAGAGUGAACUUUUUUUAAAAUAACCCUCCCUGACUGAUUUGACUUGAAGUGUUUCCCUUUGAUCUCCCAGCUACCCCCUAACUGUCCUGAUUUUUGUAGAAGUUUUCUACUGUCUCUUUGGCUAUGAAGGAUUCCGUUUCAGUGUCCUUUUCCUCAGUGAGUGCUGGAUGCUACAAAUACAGUCUUAGUACAGAAAACAUGCACUGAUAGCAAUGUUCUCCCUGCCAUCAACGUGAUUUUGAUAGUGUAGUUUAAUAAAAUGUUAUGGUGCUGAAAUAGAUCUGCUUUAUUCAAACAGUGA